UUUUUUUUCAUACUUUGGUUUUUGUUUUUGGUUUUAUUUUAUUUUUUGUUCACGUCUACAUCAUUUUACACAAAAAAAAAACAACAAAUCCCAAAACAUCAAAAAACACUCCAACAAACUCCUCCUCCACUUACUUACAUACAGAUAAUACCGAUUGAUAAAUUGAUUAAGGGACGUUUUCAAGAUAAUUUUGAAUUUUUACAAUGGUUUAAAAAAUUCUUUGAUGCCAAUUACGAUGGUCAUGAUUAUGAUGCCAGUGCAGCUAGAGAAGGUGCACAGAUGGGCUUUGGUGCCGGUAAUGUUAAGAGUUUACCCGGAACUGGUGCCGGUAGUACAUCAUAUAGAAAACCAGCUGUAGUGCCAGUACAACGUUCAACAGUGUCAUCGUCAAUGAGGCCUACUACAAAAGUACCGCCUAGAGCUGCUGUUCCUGCUACAAAUUCAAGACCGGCUGUGGCUUCUUCAAAUAGCAGUGCUGGUGGUGCCGUUAAGAAAGCUAAUGAAAAUAAUACCAGUGCUGUAACGAAUCAACAAAUUGAAGAAUUAUCUAGCCAGGUCAUGGAUAUGCGUUUAAAUUUGGAGGGUUUGGAAAAAGAAAGAGAUUUCUAUUUCUCUAAAUUGCGUGAUAUAGAAAUUCUCUGCCAAGAAGCUGAAGAAGGAGAUACCCAUCCUUUGAUACAGAAAAUUUUGGAAAUUUUAUAUGCAACGGAGGUAAGUUUUUAGGGGAAAAACUGUUAUCGUCAGAAGACACG